CUCAGAGAAAGCAGGUUCCCUUUUUCUGCUGAAGUUAGUGUAGUGAGGAGCUGAGAGGGGACGGGAUGUGGGUCCAGGCUGACGGCUGUGCAGCUGCAGAGUGUGAUGGAGAGAGCGAUUCAUCCUCCGAGGACGAGGGAGACAUUCAGUGUGAGCUCCUGGAAAUGCAGCGGGACGAAGCCAAUCAGAGACUGUCUGAGCUGGAGGAAGUCUCCAAUCAGCUCCUGAAAGAGAUGAAUGUUCUCGAGCUGCAGUUCCAGAUUGAGCGGUCGUGCAGGGAGAGCGCUGAGGUUCUGGCUGUAAAGGUGACCAAGGAGAACAAAGCCCUGAAGAGGAGGAGCCAGAUGCUGAUGCCACUUAUCUCCGAGCUGCCUGAAAUCGCGGCCCCUGUGACCUUUGACCCAGAUGCUGACCCGGCAGUUGACGGCGAUGCGGUGGAUCUCGGCGGCGGCGAGGAGACGCUGCUGCUGGACAGUCAGGCCAAGAUCGCCGAGCUGCAGGCGUCAGUGGACGGUCUGCUGGCCGAGAAGCUGCAGCUGGAGCUGGAGCGAGAGGAUCUGAUCAAACAGCAGCAUCAACUCAGGGAUCAACUGGCUCUGGAGGUCGAGGAGAAAGAAGCCAUCCUGAGGAAAAUGACCAAAAGGAACAAGACUAUGAAUAAAAUGAAACGAGUCUCCCAGCUUGUCACGGAGGAGUUCGAUGUGAUGUCUCAGCGACUGGAGCUGGAGGAGGGCCUCCGGCAGCAGGCUGAAGUCUUCGCCCACCAGAUGUUGGAGAAGCAGAACGCGGCCCAAACCCAGAGCUCUGAAACCGGCCUGCAGCUGCAGCAGGCGCUCCAGCAGAUCUCCAGCAUCAGCACCGCGCUGAGCGACAUCCAGCGCUACUACCAGGAGCAGGUGAAAGAGAGGGAGAGCGGACGGGGAGAGAGCAGCAGCCUCUCGGAGCUGCAGAAGCUGAGAGAGCAGCUGGAGGAGAGGCAGGCGGAGAGGAAGGCUCUGGACUCUCAGCUGUCUGAAGCCAACAGCACCGUCACUCAGCUGCAGGAGGAAGUGAAACAGCUACAAGAAACGCUGACGAGGGAGAAAAUGACUGAUGAACUAGUUGUGAAAUCCACCCCUGUUGCACCUCUUCCUCUUCCUCCUCCGCCUCCUCCUCCACCUCCACCUCCUCCACCUCCCACUGCUGUCGACAAUUCACUUCAUUUCCUGAGGAGCAGGAGGAAAGAUGGAGCCAGUAAAGAUGUUGCAAACACACCCUCCCCCAACCUGAAGGCAAGAGCAGUGGAUGAAAUGAUGGAGAGAAUAAAAAAAGGAAUUGUCCUGAAGCCCAUGAGAAGAGUUCAGGAGGACGACAGUUCAUGGAGGGACCAGAGGAGUGAAAACAGAAAAUCAGCCGUUGUGGAGUUGAAAGGAAUGCUGGACACCAUGAAGCUCCAGCACCACCGCAGACUCCCGUCCAGGGGGAGAAUGAGCCGGAAUGUGGGGGAGGCGGAGCUGCUGCAGGUGCUCCAGAGGAGGAGGAGAGCGAUGGGGGAGAACAAGGACCCGUCCUCCUCGAACCAAACACAGGACCCCCAGCCCGGCGCUCUGUGUGGCCCAGCAGCAGGACAUGCUCCCUGGGCAGAGGAGAGCGGCGGCACCCCCGUGCUCCGGAGGCUGAGGCAGAACAGGGAGAAGAGAGACUCUCGCAUCCGAGCAUCUACACUGAUCGUCGUCCAGGAAAACUGAGAAUCAGUCAGAGGAACAUGGAUAUUUGUGUUUGAUAUGAUGAAGAAGUGUUUAUUGUUCUGUGAGGAUGUUUUUUUUACUGUUACUUUAAAGGAACACAUCAUUUCUUUGCACUGAUUAAAAAACUUUUCCGGAUCUCUUACAAUAAAACGUAAGGAAACCA